AAUUCGCUUAAAUCUGCACACAUUUCAAUCAUUCCCUGCCAUACAAGCCAUUUUAAUAGAGGAAUUACAAACACAAAGUUUCACGGGGAAACUCUGAGACCAGAGUGAAUACCAGCGACUCCUGUCUAAACUUCAGGGUUGACGUUUUUGAAAUUUGUUUUAAUUCUGCCUGAAAUCUCACAUCAAAGCAGCAUCUGUACCUCAUUACAGGUUUAUGACCAGUCUAAGAGGAAAUGUGUUUGCUCUAUAGCAUCCUUUGUUCAUCUCUCCAGUGACGGUCAAAAUGUCGAUUUCAGCCACAAAAUUCGUCGACAACGGGGAGCUUAAGAGGGUAAUUGAUAAGGGGAAAGAGGGUUACAACAUCCACUGCUACAAAAGGAGCACUUUGAUCAUCAAUGACAGCAUAAAACUCAUGAAGCUCUACAUCCACCUAAACCCAGAAAUCUCCAUGAUAUUCAAUGUACUGGAACCAGAAUGGAUUCAGCACAUGAUGGACGCGAGUGAGGGCAAAUGGGUCAAGAGCCAAACCUCUAGAGGACUAAGUAGUGGACACCCGGACACCUACCAAACGACUGUUAGUGAGACCAGAAAGAGUCAAAGUGCAAUAUUUGAGCAUGAAGAGACUGAUGUAAUCGCAAAAAUUGAACGCAGAGUUGCGCUAGUCGCAGGAAUUGGCGUAGAGUUUUUAGAAAAACUGGUCAUGGUAAAGUAUAACCCAGGGGACUAUUUCAAAGAACAUCACGAUGGAUCAUUUAGAACCGCAACAAUUUUACUCUACUUAAAUGAUGUGGAAGGAGGAGAGACUGUUUUCCCAAAUCUAGGGCUCGCAAUAAAACCAGUUGGAAAUUCGGCUGUUUUUUGGAGAAACUUGAAUGGUGAAAAUGAAAUGGACGAAAGGAUGAUACAUGCAGGAACAACACCAAAAGUAGGCACAAAAUAUGUGGUCAAUUGUUUUUUUAACGUAGAAGCGAUACGAAAUGAUGACUAGAACAUGUA